GCUCGCUAGAAUCGGUCACGAAUCGGGGAACAGUACCUACCGUUGUUAGAAAACUCUGAUCAGUUAAAUUCGGUGUUGAGUUAAAGUUAGGGAGACGUUGCCUCAUUGUACUGAAGCGCUUUCGUGUUUGAAGUGUUGAAGAUUAAACCACCGAGCGCGAUACGGGAAAAAAGCCGGAGGUAAUUAUCGUACAGAAGGUGGAAAUGAUAUACAUAAAUAUUGGCGUGUACAUUAUUCGAGCCGACAAAAAUAAGUUUCGUACGAUAUAGGAGAACAAGCCGGGGUUGAAUAACCUCCCACGAGUGUUGACAGCAGGUUGAAUCAGUGUAAAGUGCAACAAGGGGCAAUUGAAGCAAAUUCAAAUAUUUGCUUGUUUUUUUUUUGUGGAUUCGUUUCACUCUAGUUGGAGGGAACGAUUCAGUUCUAGUGACAGUUACUAAUUGAGUUAUCGGUUGUUGACUCAAGCUUUGAUUGGUUAGCAGCUCUGCUUGUGCCAACAGAGACGACAUUCGCGUAAUAUAAUUCACACAAUAAACACCCACGCGACAGCUACUACUGCAAAUAAACGUUCCAUACUCUGGACGGCCGCUACCGCUGGACGGGAAAACGAUAACAAGAUCAUAAAGAGAGAUAGUCUAGUGUUGAUUUUGCCACUGGAAAAAAAUACACGUUACUCCUGCACCUAUAUGUGCAUGAGCCAAAGUGAAAGUGGAUACCCAUCGAAGGAAACGGCAAACUCACACGACGAUAACGGAAUGUCAUAGACGCAAGGAUAAUUCCACACCGAAAGUCGCAACAGCGAAUGCAACAGCAUCAGCGCCACGCUUGUCAACGCCAGUUUCAGUUUCAGCUUCAGCAACAAACACAGCAGCACAACCGGCAGUAGCAGUUGCACAAUUAAAAUCAUUCACAACCUGUACAACAACAACAACUACAACAACUCGUACCACCACAACGCAACUUGUAACCUCGAAGGGAAUAUGCACAUUGAGAGUGAAAAUCUUUCUUAUUAAGCAGCUCUCGAAGUUGGUGGCGUGCAACAAGAAGAUGUUCUUACCAGUCAAAUCGAAUACAUCCGCAGUAACCACUGAGGGAAACAGCGGAGAGGAUGUCGCCACUGUAACCAGCAACUCAACGCAAACACCGAGCGAUCUGAGCCCGCCGAAUAUGUCCAAUGACGAGAUUUUGCCUCAGGCCCACCACCAAAACCCCGGACACUGCAUUGCAUCGUUUUCCGCCAUCAACCGCAUGCGGCAGAACACCCAGCUUUGUGACGUAACGCUGGAAGUCGGGGGUGAAACCAUAAAUGCACAUAAGGUCAUUCUGGCUUCGGUUUCGCCUUAUUUCUAUGCUAUGUUCAACGAUGACAUGUUGGAACGAAAUCGGGAUGUUGUUACCCUGCAUGACAUCGACCCAUCUUCGCUGAAGCAACUCAUCGAUUAUGCCUAUAGUGGGGAAAUCACUAUCACCGAGGAAAACGUGCAGGUCCUGCUACCAGCAUCCAGCUUGCUUCAGGUUCAGUCUGUACGUGAAGCAUGUUGCAAAUUUCUUUUGCGCCAACUGCACCCCUCCAACUGUUUGGGAAUCCGAAGCUUUGCAGAUGCCCACUCGUGCAAGGAGCUCCAUUCACGAUCCCACCGUUACGCUCUGCAGAACUUUCAACAAGUUGUCGGCACCGAGGAGUUUUUAUUACUAGGAUUUAACGAGGUGCAGGAUCUCAUCUCAAACAGCCAGUUGAACAUCUGCUCCGAGGAGAAAGUGUUCAUGGCCGUCCUGAACUGGAUCAAGCACGAUCUGAACGAGCGCAAGAAAAACAUCCCGGAACUGAUGUCCCACGUGAGGCUCCCGCUGGUUAGUCGCGAUUUCCUAAUGAGUUGCGUCGAAACGGAACCCAUGGUUCGCGAGGACCCCCACUGCAAAGAGCUACUGCUGGAAGCGAUGAAGUACCAUUUGCUUCCGGAGCAGCGUAGCUCUCUGGUUAGCCAGCGGACGCUCGAGAGGCGCCCCGAGGGCAUGCGUCAGUACAUUUUCGCCGUCGGCGGUGGCAGCCUUUUUGCGAUCCACAACGAGUGCGAGUGCUACAAUCCGAAAACCAAAGCGUGGAUGACGAUAUCGCCGAUGACAUCCAGGAGAUCCCGAGCGGGUGUCACCGCACUCCGGAAGCUGCUCUACGUCGUUGGAGGAUACGAUGGUGAGAAUGAUCUGGCAUCUGCGGAAUGCUACAAUCCACUUCGGAACGAAUGGUGCAACAUAACCCCAAUGGGCACAAAGCGAUCCUGUCUGGGAACCUGUGCCUUCGACGGACUGCUGUACGUCUGUGGCGGAUACGAUGGUGCGUCCUGUUUAGCGAGCGUCGAACGUUACGAUCCUCUUACCGCUGUUUGGACAUCAUGCCCGGCUAUGAACACCAGACGACGCUACUGUCGGGUUGCGGUGCUGGACAACUGUAUCUAUGCAUUGGGCGGGUUCGAUUCUAGUAAUUAUCAAUCGUCUGUCGAACGAUUCGAUCCCCGCGUUGGCAGCUGGACUGCUGUUCCGAGUAUGACUUCCAGGCGGAGCAGCUGUGGUGUAGCUGCACUGGAUGGGUACCUGUACUGCAUAGGUGGCAGCGAUGGUACGAUGUGUAUGCAGACCGGCGAGAGAUUUAAUCUCAGAACGAACAGCUGGGAACCGAUUAGUCCCAUGCAUUCCAGAAGAUCCACGCACGAAGUUGUAGAAGCAGAUGGUUAUCUGUACGCCCUGGGGGGCAAUGAUGGAUCUUCCUCCCUAAACUCUGUCGAACGCUACGAACCCAAGCUCAACAAGUGGACAAUCGUCACGUCGAUGCUUACACGACGUAGUUCAAUUGGUGCCUCAGUGCUAGAGUGCUUCAAUCUAGAACGCGGACUUCUCCAAACCAGCAUAUGACCUGUGAUAGCAAGUUCGAGUGAUCCGGUUGGGAGCAGCAAUGCUCCGAACAGCAGCACAACAAUGACUGUAGCCGGUAAUGGGUCACAGGUGUAAGCAUAUUACCGAAGUAUAUUGUGAAAGAAAUAUUGAAUAGGUCUAGUUAAAUAGUUCGGAGGUUCAAUUUGCUAGCUAGUCAAAAAUUAAGUAGCAAACUCAUUGUCGCCAAUGCCGCCGUGUAGUGCUAUCGCAAUCCAAUCAUCAUUAUCGUUCGAAAUAGGGAUUCAAAUUUUCAAUUGAAACGACACUGUUACGCAAAGGUUUCAUGGUAUACGUUUUCGCAUUAACAUUAUAAUUUCAAAAAAUCGUUAUCACCUUGUAGAUUGUCAAAUUAAGUUUGAAUAGAAUAUGAAUAACACUUUUAGUAGUUGCAAAACAUGAUAAUCAAUUUAGAAAAUAAAGCACUUGUUUCCCAUUAUCGUUGAUCUUACCUUAGUUCACUACCCAUGAACGCAUAAUUAUUCCAUUCGAGAUACUAGCUUUCGUACACUAUUUUCCGCCAAAAUGGAUCUGCUAUGCGUUUAUCGGCAGUGGAAUGCUGAAUAAUCUCAUUACAAUCUGUGAUACUCAAUGCUAUACCCAAUCUUUUUUUUUUCUCAUGGAUUUUCUACAAAUAUUUCUCAAUACUAAAUAACACAUCACUUUAGAUUUCUAGACAGUGAUUGGUAAAACAAUGUGUCCUUAAUUUUUUUUUCAUUUCUUUAAUUUUUUUUAUUAAAAUAAAAAUAAACACAUCGUAGUGUAGGGUGUUUUCACGCAACUAGUACAUGCAAAUGGAUUUUUCUUCAUGGAAAUCAUAUAAAAUCUCUAGUUGCUAAUAAUACCAUAAGGCGUUCAGGCAAAAACAAAUUUUGACGUAGGACUACGUCUUUCAUUUCUGUACCAAGAUGUAAGUUCGAAGUUUCGAAAACGAGUGAGUGACGCUGAAGUGCAAGGUUUUGAACGUUAAUAACUCUUUCCCGGGUGAAUGGAAUGGUCUCAUUCGAAAAAUAAAAUGCCAAAGAGUAAUAUGAUUGUCACUUAUUGGUUCAAGAAAUCAGGUUAUUGGAAUCGGAAUGUGUUCCCGAACACGGACGCAAAAUCAAGGCACCUGGAGAAACCGUAAUCGCGAAUACAUGCAGGCUGUGAUUUCUUUUACUCGCUUGCAAAUGCACUUCACCAAGCGCAUUCGGUUCCCGUGAUGCAAUCGUAUCCAAAAGCAUCGGUUUCUGUUUUGCUUUCGCAUGCAUGGUGAUGAGAGAAUGUUCACAUGUAAACGCGGUAGAGCAAAGGAAGUUUCUGCUUUGCUUUCGCCUGGAAUGGUCUUGAAGGAAUGUUUGUUUGUAAUAGCGGUCGAGCGAAGGAAGUUUUGUGUAUUCGAUUUCAGUGAUGCAAUCGUGUCCAAGUUUCCGCGUGGAGUGGUCAUAAAAACUCUCGUGUAUUAUUCUCACGAGAAAAAAAAAUUGAAUUAUGUAUCAAACUUCAUUACUUGCUUUUGCAAAACCACGCAAACCUAACGGUUUUUUCUGAACCACAAACGAGUUCGAAAUAGUUGAAUUUCAUGUUAAUAUCGAUCGUUCACUCACACACUCACGCAAGGAAAACUUUCAGCAAUCUUUAGAAAUAAUUAUUCAUUCAUUGAGAAUUGAUUCAGAUGCAAUUUCAAACAAAUGAUCACAGAGCCAGUUGUACUCCUACGUCUUCCUUGCGGUUAUAUCACAUAUAUAACUCAGUUUUUUAUGUUUUUGAACGAUUUUCUUCAAAGACAAAUAAUGAUCAUGGAUUGUCCGUUUUUAGAAAUCACCAUCUUUGAAUGAAAAAAUCGUAUUUUCAAGUAGAUGUUGAAUUUCUCAUUGCUUGAGUUUACUGUCACCAUUUUGAUCCAUUCAUAAUUUAGACGUUUUUUUCAGAAAAUUGCAUUUUCUUGGGAAUUUUAAAAAUGAACUGCACUCAAAACAGAGAAACUUUAUUUCUGCUUCGUGUGAAGGACAACAAAACAAACAAACUGCAGCGCGCCAAGCGGCUGCCAUAGUAAUCAUGUGAACAAACCAACAUCAACGCAUCGAACAAACCAUGAUCAGAAUUGAGGUGAUCGAGAUGCAUUAAUUACUUGAUUCAGAUAUAUAAACCUGAUACAAAUGAUGUGCAAGCAUGUUGUUUACAGUAUUUGUAAGUGUUAUAAUCCAGAAAAGGUCUGAAUACGCACCAAAUAAUCAUUUGGUGAUUGAUUAAAAGUAAGCUCAAACGAGGGGCGCAUUGACACUAAUAGAAGGUGGAUUUUAUAAACAUUUCAAACAUGCGAAUUCGUAGAAAUAUUUUAUAAAACUACUGUGAAUUAUGAAAAAGGCAAUUUUAUUUAUAUGUUUUGAAACAUUUGAAUACCUGACUCGACACAGGUGCGCUUAACUAGAGCAUUAAAAAAAGUGGACAAACAUCAUUUACCCUAAUCUUUUCUAAAAUCUAAUUCAUUAUGCUCUUUUUUAAUUUCAUUCACCGAGAAGAAGAAAAGUUUUCUUAUAGAAAAAAACAAUUUGUAUUCCCCAAAAAAAUUGUACCAAAAAAGUGCCCAAAUCAGAAAAAGACGGGUGGGUAAUGUCGGGGACAUAACCGGAGUGACGUAGGACUAUGCAAAGGGGACAGCUUUUGUUAAAUAUAUAUUUUAAAUAUAUUGUUUUAUUUUCUUCACCUACGUGAAUACCUACCUAUCUACCUGAAAAAUGGAUUAGUUUACUGUUUACUCUUUAUGAAUAUGUUAAUGGUUCUGAAAAGAACCUUUGGUGUUGUGUUUUUGUUAUCACUCGAUAUCCCCAUCUUAUUCGACUAAACCUUCCUGUUUAGCGAUUUGUUGUCACUCGCCACAGCUUUCACAGUUGGAAAAUUUCUUCCCAUCCAGCUUGUGACAUAUUUUACAGUAUAUUACAUUCAAUGACACGUCGCAUUACCACUACUCAGUGUCGGAUUGGAGGUAAUUUUAACCUGUAAUUGAACAUUUGCGAUGACAGUGGUACAGUGUCGACUUUCAAUGUGGGAUCAUAAUUUGGAUCUCUAUGUUUACAAAAAUGUCCAACUAAAUAAGUCACAUUACAUGUCCGUCCAAUUAGCUAAAUGUCGAACUAAUUGUAGAUUACUCUACUUUCAAUCUGGAAACAAUUUAAGAAUUGGUGAAAAUUGAAUAAUCAGGAAAGUCCCCAACUAUCAAUAAGCUCAGAACAACUGCCAAAUUCACAUACUCAUCAAAUCCUGGCAAACAAAUUAUGAAAACAUCAAUUUGUGUUUUAUUAUUAUUUUGGAUAAUGUUUUAGAAAGCAUUGAACUUUAUUUCCUAAACUCUUUUUUGGAAGGUUUAAUGGCCCUGAAAAGCGCCUUGUUUUAUGGAAUGGUUCCAAUUUAGAAAACUUAGUACUCGUGGUUUUGAAAAAAACCAUUUCGAACGCCUUCGAUGCCGCCUUGUUCUGGAUUUGCCACCAAAGCAGUUUGUAUAAAGAACAAACUUUUUUCUUCUGCUACCUGAUGCCGUUUUGCGAUUGCGUUUGCCACUCGCCAUUCGCUGCAACUGCCUGUUGUCUUGAUGUCCGCCGAACCGAAUGUGUUAUGUUCCGAACGCAGGUUUUCUUAUCGUCGCGAGCAGCUUUGCCAGCUAACUCGAUCACUCCGGCGGCCGAAACUAUAUAACGCCGGCUAGGUGGACUGGUACACAGGUACUAACGCGCUCGACCUAGCUACCUUUUCCGGUGCAAUUGGCGGAUACACCUACGGGAAAUUGCAGACCACCACGGUUCGAGCGAGAUUUUGCCUUUCCCUUCUCUUUUCCUCCUUUGCCAUAUCCAACCAUGGCUGCUUGUGUUGGUUUGUUGAUGUGAGGUGAUGCGAAACGAUGUGGUGUACGGUUCGGAUGAGAAUGAUCGUUACGGCAGCGGAGAGGGGAUUUUUAAGCUGACUGGCUGGCUCGAGAAUUACGCAUGUGUGAGACUGCGACCAAUGUUUCCCUCAUUUUUUUCUUUUUCCUUUCCAAUCGUGCUUCAUUCUAUUUCGCUGCUGCUCUGGUUGCCCGUUUUGAUCGGUACGAUUUGAGGAGCACAAAAUGGACCAAUCAAAAAUGGGCACAUAGUGUAUUUGGACAAUGCUUGAUAUUCCACAAUUAUUCAAUUAUUUAUCUCAAGAAAAAUGAAAUGUUAUUCAUUAUGAUAGAUGCGUAGAUAUAUUUCCUAUCAAUUGAUGUAAAAACCUUUGCGAUCUAUUGAGAAAUGCUCGAGUUAUAAGCGUUCCAAAUCUUGCAUUUUUUCCUACUUGUUCAGUGCCUAGAUUUCCAUUUCACCCCCUAUAUCUUCCGGUUAGACGUAGUCCUACGUCAAAAGAGUUCUAAUAAGCUAACUGAAGGCAAACGAGAACAUAUCAAUAAUUCAUAUGGCCUUCUUUAGCCCCCAAACCUCCUGUAAGUGCUUGGGCAUGCUCUCCGCAAGGUUUUUCAGGUGUUGUGGGUCGAGUAUAGGAUUGGGCGAUCUUGGAUCGAUUUUCAGAAAAUCGAUCUUUUCCAUUCCGAUUUCCGAUUUUUUGGAUCGAUUCAUUGUACCCAAAAAAUCGUGAAGAUCGAUCUUUUUCCUUCGAUUUUUUCGAUCUUAGAGUUUUUUUUCAGUUUACAUCGAUUUUAAUUUCACUCCCUGACAAAUUUUAUAAUAUUGUUUUCAACAUUUGGAUGACUUUCGAGGAUGUCAAGUUAGGGAUAGUGAUCAAUAUUUAGAAGAUCGAUUUUCUCCUCUCCGAUUUCGGAUUUUUCGGAUUGAUUCUUUCUACUGCAAAAAAUCGCAGGAAAUAGAUUUUUCCUUUUCGAUUUUUUUUGAUCGCAAAAAAAUUGUUGUAAAUUUGUUUUUCAGUGAACAUUGGUUUUAAUCUCUUUAAGAACUACUUGACAAACUUUAUAAAAAAUGGAUCUCUUUCAAGGUUGUCAAAUUGGUGAUCGUAAACUUAGGAGAAACAGUUUUGUAGGUUUGGUUAUUACAAAACAAGUGGUCACAGGUUAUAUUUGCACCAUCACAUUCACUAGGCUGACAUUGAAAAUUGUGAGUGAAAUCAGGUCCAGCUGAAGCGUUCUUUUCUAGAACUGAAACUACUACCAAUAUUUCGACUAAAUGCCAGACGUAUGACACGGUCGGAAUCAACGGGAUUCUUGUCAGCGGAAUUCUGGAUGAAUAUCAUUUGUUGAAUUUCUAAGAAUAAUAAUGACGAUUCAAGGUGAAUGUCCUGGAAACUACAUUUUUCUGGACUUUCAAGUUUUUUUUUUGUGACCUUCAUUCUGAGAAUCAAAAUGAAAUGCCUUUGAUGUUUGAAAAGAUGUGAAAUAUUUCAUGUUUAAAGAAAAGACAACACUUGUAUUAAACAAGUAAAUAAAUUGGAAAAAAGGCAUUCGAUUUUUGAAAGAUCGAUUCUUUGGUACCGAUUGAAUCAGUGAAUCGAUCCCUACGCCGUUUCGAAAAUCGAUCCAUUAAGACCGAUCUUUUUCCAAAGACCGCCCAAUCCUAGUCGAGCACUUUCCACGAGCUUUCCAGGGCUUCAAAAUCAUUGUUUUUAUUGUUGACACCGGUUUUGUCGACCCUAGCGUCGGAGAUGUCCCACAGGUUUUCAAUAGGGUUAAGAUCUAGGCUUUGUGGGGGCCAUUCAAGGGAUUUGAUACGACACGACCGGAAGAAUGACUUUGGUACCUUGGUCGUGUGCUUCGGCUGGAUCUGCCGGAUGGUUACUUUCGGAUUUUUCUUCACUUCUCGGAUGAUCUUCUUGUCUAUUGUUCGGCAUCUGUUUUAGGAUAUUCUUGCUCUGAUUGGGCGAUCCACAACCGAUCCGAACGUCUUCAGCUUCUUAAUUUUUUUUCUGACCGCUGUCUUGUUGAUGUCGUACUUCUUGGCAACCGCCCGGUGCGACUCGUCAUUCUCGACAUGUCGAACGAUCAAUGUUCGGACGCACAAAAGAAUCACCUUUGAAAUAAUUGCGUUCUCUAUUUUUCUCGACUUCACCAAGUGCAAACAUGUGUACAAAUGCUCCAGAGCCGAGCCUGUUGUUUCUAAACUUCACAAUAUUCAACACACAAGCAAUCGAGGGGUCUCACGGUGGACACUCAUCGAAAAUAUAUCGACUUUCACAGUGGACACUUUUUUUUGUCACUGUUUUUUUCUAUAAGUAAAAAAACUGUUACUGUUACGAUGUGUUUACUUUUUAUUUUUAGCAGAAAAAGAAAGAAUUGAAAACAAAAUUGAGUGAGCACAUUAUUUUGCCAAUUAUUGUACAAACCACCAUCGCUAUUUAGCGUACGAUUUCUCGCUUGCAAAACAACGUUCAUCUGCUUUCACGAUUUCAUUAAUAUAUUCAUAAAAAUAUCACUUCGUGGUCCAAACAGUAUUAAGCUAUUGCGAAACAAUUGAGAAGCAAAACUAGUGCAUUACAAGAUAAAACAAUAUGAUUCUGCGUGUAAGACUUUUUCAAUAAACCAUAGCCAUCAUCAAUUCAGCUUGAUAAACAUCGAAAACAACUUAAGAAGAACAAAUUUAUUGAAAGACGGGGGAAGAUAUGUAGCUUAUUGAAAUAUACAAAUAGACAAGCAAGUUUGCUUACAAGCGAUGCGUAACUAACGACACAGCGCUCAUGAACGUUAGCAUAAGUAGACGAAUAAUCAUCGAUCUCAAUAUAUCAAGCAUAAUUAUGCAAAAUGAACCGAUACACUGCCAGAUAACAACAUUCAAGGAUUCAAAAUAAAAGAACUGAUGCCUACAACUUUUCGGUUUAUUGUGGAAGAGAGUUCGUUUUCCGAUAACUUGAAGUAAUUCAUCAAGAGCUAUUUUACAAUCGAUGUCUGCCACAAGAAAAAAACCAACAAUAGACUAGAACAGUGCGAGAGACAAGACAACAGAGUACACAAAACAAACAGGAAUUAUUAAUUGCAAUUACAUUCCACCGGGAGUUUCACGAGCAGUUGAUUUUUUAAAUUGCGAAACAAUAUUUGUGUAAGAUAUUCAAACUAGAAAAAUAUUACAAUCACAAAAGCAGACGAAUAAAAUAUACCGA